AUGGAAAACUCUUUCGAGCCGUUGAAGAACGAUCUUCUGCUCCGUGCCGCACGGGGCCAAGUUGUCGAACGCCCGCCCAUGUGGGUGAUGCGUCAGGCGGGACGCUACCUCCCCGAGUACCACGAGGCCAAGGGAUCCCGCGACUUCUUCGAGUGCUGCCGCGACCCCGAGGUGGCGUCGGCCCUGACGCUCCAGCCCGUCGAGCGCUUCGACGGCCUGCUCGACGCCGCCAUCAUCUUCUCCGACAUCCUGGUCAUCCCGCAGGCCAUGGGCAUGCAGGUCGAAAUGGUGGACAAGAAGGGCCCGCACUUUCCCCGGCCGCUCGACGCCCCGACCGACGGCCAGUAUGAGCGCGUCCUCGAGCGGCCCGUCGACGUGCAGCGCGAGCUGGCGUACGUGUACGACGCCGUCGCGCUGACGAGGAAGAAGCUGGCCGGGAGGGUGCCGCUGAUUGGCUUCUGCGGCGCGCCCUGGACCCUGUUCUGCUACAUGGUCGAGGGGGGCGGCACCAAGCUGUUCGCCAGGAGCAAGACGUGGCUGUACAGGCAUCCCCGGGAGACCAAGGCUCUUCUGGCCAAGAUUGCCGACAUUUGCGUCCAACACCUGGCUCUGCAGGUCAAGGCCGGCGCGCAGAUGGUCAUGGUCUUCGACUCCUGGGCGGGCGAGCUGGGCCCGUCGUCGUUCCGCGAGUUUUCCGAACCGUAUCUGUCGCGCAUCGCCGAAAAGCUCCCCGAAACACUCGACGCCAUGGGGCUGGACCGUGUUCCCAUGACCGUGUUCCCCAAGGGCGCAUGGUACGCGCUGGACUCGGUCUGCGACCUUGGCUACGACGUCGUGGGCAUGGACUGGCUGCAGGAUCCUGCCGAGGCCGUGAGGAUCCGAGGCUCGCGCAAGGUCGUGUUCCAGGGAAACGCCGAUCCCGGCGUCCUGUACGGAACCAAGGAAGCCAUCACGUCGGCGGUGGAGCAAAUGGUCAAGGGCUUCUGGGUCGGCAAAAAGGGCUGGAUCGCAAACCUGGGGCACGGCAUCACGCCAGGGGUUGACCCGGACAACCUGAGGCACUUUUUCGAGGAAAUACACCGAUUGACGGCGGAUGAAAAAUGA